AUGAAAUCCCUUGCAGAAUUGUCCGGUGCCCAUCUCAUCGUCUUUGCCGUUCAGCUCUGCGUAAACGGCGAUGUGUCCGCAUUGCCACGUUUACAGUCCCAUUUCCAUGGCGGCGAUAACAUCGAUAUAUUCCUCCGCAUUAUUUUGACCUUUCUGCCUGAGAGCACCGAGCCUUCCCGAUACACCCCUGUUAUUGAGAGCCUAGUCAAUAGAUCCACACCUCCCGCAGAGGACGAAAAUGAUGAGUUGGAUCUUGCUUCAGUUGGAGAGCUGCCUACAUCUGCAGCGAGGAAACAGGUCCAACGACUACAUCUUCUACCGCUCCGAUACCCCGGGCAUGCAGAACACGAACCAGAUAUCCCACUGGUUCAAUUUCUCAUCCAUCGAGCGCACAGAAUAGACAACGAAUCGGGGCUACAGCCCUUUAUUAUCGAGCUACUGGAGCCAUUCCUUCACACUUCGGAGUACCUGCAAACCUGGGUCAUAUCGACCGCGCUACCUCUACUUAGAUUCAAUUACGAAUACCAUUGUGAGGAUGAUGUUGAGUUAUCUUUGGACAUUAUACAGUCGUUGGAUUCAGGAAGCGCGGUCAAUAUCUUGCUGUCAAAGACUGAGUCGCGGGAUAGGGGUGGGGAUGUAGGCAGAGACUUAAGGGGUCUGGUAGGGCCAUGGAUGUACGGUCAUGCGAGCUCGAAAAGACGGAAAAUCACUCAACUUGAACGUUCGGGGUCAAUUGCUAUAUUUGAUAACAGAGAACCUUCGGCUGAGUCAGAAAGAGACGGAUGGCAAGAAGUUAAUGAGUGGCUGCUGUCGACCAGCAUGAGGGACUUUCCCAUGGCAGUGGAAGCUGUAGAACAAUGGUCAGGUCCGGACGAUAUAGAUUUUGGCGGUUAUAAUAAAUCGGAAGGUUUGGGGUUAUCUAUUGGCGAUACUCAACUUUCCCUCAACUACGGUCAAGCCGCGCUUGCUACUAUUUAUGCGACCACAGAAGCUACACCAGAGACCCUCGAUGGAUCCUGUCGGGUUUUAUCCAGAAUUGCGUCCUUGCUUGAAAUUCCUGGUCACUCUGUCCUGCGCAUAUUUGAAAAUGAUCUCGAACCUCUCAAUCUCGACCUUACUAGCCUGUCCGAUAUUUCUCGAGGCGCCAUACUCCAGAAUGCUCUGCUAGAGCCUUCUAAUCCCCUCACAUUCCCCACUACUCAGUCAAUCGCGUUCAUUGACGCCAUUCUUGUUUCUAUUCGUACUUUGGCUGGCUUCGGCCAUGCAAUUUCAUGCAGGGCGGCUGCGGAUAUUUGUCUACUCGCUAGCGAUGAAAUGCAGCUCUCAGAGUUUCACUCUGUUGUUGAAGCCCUGCAGCGGGACCAUAAAACAGGACGUGACUGGAAGAAAGUCAGGCUACAGCUACUCUGGUUGAGAGACUGGGGCUAUUCUGAUCAAUUCGAGAAGCUUGAAGCGAAACUCAUUCCCGGCCAUGGGCUUUUCUGGCGCGUUCCUCUAGUUCUCCUCGAAGGGGAAAUAUUGAAAACUAUGUUAAAUGCAAGACAAUACGAGGUUGCGGUUGGGAUCUACGCCAAUACCCUAACCUCGUCCCCACUCCCACCAGCACAAAUUGAGGCUGCAGUGACAGAGGCAAUAUUUGCGGCAUACGACAAUGCCACUAAUGGAAAUAAAACGAGAGGCGGGAUAAAGCGAGCUUCAGAAAUGCUCGAGUCAUUUGGACCUUACUUCCCACACUCUGAAACAUUUUACCAAAUCAGGGCGUUGAUAUCCGCUACGCAUUCAUUAUCAUUCUAUUCCCUGACGCUGCAACAUGGAGUCCCGUUCCAACCUGUCAGCAUCCGCGUGCACCAUGAUCCCCUUUCAUUAAUUGGCAAAGUCCUCGAGCAAAAUCCCAAAGCAUACACAGAACUCGAUAAUCUGAUUACAAUUGGCCGACACCUCGUUACCGCAGGCUUUCCCGCACGUCCCAGAGGGGACGAUGAGCCAAUACACAACAAAGAAACCCCGUCCCGCGAAGAAGAAUUGUUAGCUUCAGAUCAUCGAAUCAUAUCACUCUCCAUCUCCGCUGCUCUAGAAGCCAAUGAUUUCGAUACCGCAUAUUCCUACGUUCUCACACGCCUGGCUCCACCAUCAAUAACAUCAAAUACUACGAUAGCCAAAGGCGAUGAUGUAUCAUGGCGUGCCGCGUAUAAUGCUGGUCGACAUCGCUCAAACGUCUCCGAAUCAACUAAUAAAUCACUCCAAUCUCAGAUCCUCCACCUUUCCCAACGCAUGGAACUGCUCUCUCUAGCGCUAAUACUCACACCUUCACCAGAGAACCUCCCAGAGAUCCUUGCCGUAUGGCGCCGCUGCGAUGAAGAGAUGACUUCUCUCCGCGCGCGAGAGUCGGCGGAGGCCGAAAACUGGGACGCGCGGGGGGAUAGUAUCACAUCCAGCUCCAAAACCUUGCCAGGCGGUUUCGGCCCCUCCGAUGCUGAACUCGAUGCUCUAGAAACAGAGCGAGCUAAGCGGCUCCGGACGGGGCAGGCCAAACGCACGUCCCACUUGGCCGGCGGGUAUGAAGAGGCGCCCAUGGGGUUAUUUGAAGUGGCGCGCGGCGCGGCUCAGGCAAUCAGCAAAACCGCGUUUCCGCUUCGUGGCUCUGAGACUGGUUCUCCUGCUAGUCGUGUUUCAAGUGAUUCGAGACGCAUUAGUAUGGAUACCAUGGGUACGGGAGGGGGAAGUGGUGGCGAGGGAGCUGGGAACACUGAUUUGAACUUCGAUACCCAAGUGCAGCUCAUGAUGCAAAAUUCCACCCAACACAGCUUGAAACAUAGGGGGUGA